AUGAAGACUGUUGCUGCCCUUUCCCUCCUCGCUGGAUCCGCUCUUGCCUUUGCUCCUCAACAAGCAGGAAAGUCGUCUUCCGCCGUUUCUGCUUCGUUCGAGGAUGCUCUUGGUGUCCAACCACCACUUGGAUUCUGGGAUCCAUUGAACAUUUUGGAAAACGCCGAUGAAGAGCGAUUCAACCGUCUUCGUUACGUCGAGAUAAAGCACGGACGUAUUGCCAUGCUUGCCGUUCUUGGACACAUCCAUACUGCUUUCGGAGCCCGUGUUCCCGGAAACAUCGACAUGAGCGGAACCUCUUUCGCCUCCAUCAAGACUGGAAUUGCCGGACUUAGUGACAUCCCACAAGCUGGAUUGAUCCAAAUCGUUGCUUUCAUUGGCUUCCUUGAGGUCUUCAUCAUGAAAGACAAGGGUGCUGGUGAAUUCCCAGGAGACUUGAGAAAUGGAAUCUUCACCUGGAAGGGAACUGAGGAGGAACUCAUGCAAAAGAGAGCCAUCGAAUUGAACAACGGCCGUGCCGCACAAAUGGGAAUCCUUGGAUUGAUGGUUCACGAACAACUCACUGGAGAGCCAUAUGUUCUUAACGCUCUUUGCGGAGUCCCAUCCGGCUUCAACGCUGGACUUUAA